UAACAUCCACUGUCCUGCUAAAAUGGGAAAGAUUAUCUUUUAUGAGGACAAAAACUUUCAGGGUCGCUGCUAUGAAUGCAGCAGUGACUGUGCUGACCUUCACUCCUACUUUAAUCGCUGCAAUUCCAUUCGUGUUAACAGCGGCUGCUGGAUGCUGUAUGAGCGUCCAAACUACCUGGGUCACCAAUAUUUCCUGAAGACAGGAGAUUAUCCUGACUACCAGCAAUGGAUGGGUUUUAAUGACUGCAUCAAAUCCUGCCGUGCCAUUCCACAGCAAAGAGGAGCCUACAAAAUCAAGAUCUAUGAGAAAGAAGAAUUUAGAGGGCAAAUGCUGGAUGUGAAGGAAGACUGUCCAUCUGUCUUUGACCUUUUCAAAUAUCAUGACAUCAACUCCUGCAACGUGCUUGAGGGUCACUGGAUUUUUUAUGAGCAGCCCAACUACAGGGGAAGGCAGUAUUACCUGAAGCCUGGUGAAUAUAAGAGAUUUAGUGACUGGGGCUCUCAGAGUGCCAGAGUAAGCUCAUUCCGAAGAGUCCCUGAUGUCUGCUAAAAUAACCAAGCAAUAAAUAAUCAUUUUCUUCACAUCAUGCCCCAAUAAAGAAUUUCGUUCAACUCA